AUGAAUUCAAUACAUUGUCUUUAACAUGAAGGAUAAUAACUACUUUUUUUUCUACCUUAAUCAGAUACAACCUAAUAUUUGUGUGAAAUCUGCUUACACUCUUUUUAAGAGCAACAAAAUCUAUAAAAAUAUUAGAAAGCGAUUCAAAUCACUAAAGUAAAAUGAAAUUUUAUUUAGGCUUUAACAUAUCCUGAGUAUUUAAUUUCUAAAUUGGAUAUUGAUAAAAAUUUUUUUAAUUAUUUUAUUGAAGUAGAUAACUAAGAUGAAAAUUUUCCGAUUUAAUAACUUAAAAAGAUUGAAUAAGAGAUCCUAGAAAUGCAAAGCACCUUAACAAAACUAUAUUAGGAUUUUAAAUUAUUUUUCCAAUCUUAUCAAGAUUUAUAAUAAAAAAUCAGAAAUGAUUUAAAAUAAGUAAUUUUUUUUAUUACCAAGAUCGUUAAACUUGACCAAUUAAAGGAAAUAAUUAAUAGUUUGAAUUAAUUAGGUGAUACUGUUUGUCCUUAGGCUAUUAAAAGCAGUGAAUAAAACCUGCAUCAAUAUAUUAAAGGUUUAAUAUAAAAUAAUGGAGCUUAUUUAAAUGAUAAAAUUUUUCAUUUUUAAGUUUAGAAAUUAAAUCAAUUUAAGGAUUUGAAAAAAGAGAAAUUUCCAGAUAUCAAUAAAAUUAAUGAAAUAUUUAAACAAAUUUCAGAACAGCAUUGUAAUUUAAAUAAAUUUAUAAAUCGAAGACUUUAAACUAAUAUUAAAUCUAACUUACUGAAAUUAUAAUAUUUAUCAAAAAUAUAAGAUUACAUAGAGAGAAAAACAGAUAAAACUAUUUUGUAGGCUUAAUUAAUUUAUUAAGGAACUAAAGAUGGUUUAAAUGGAUAAAUAUUUUUGGCAAAAGUAAAUGGUAAAAACAAUUUGUUGUUUGUUUUUAAAUCUAGCAGUGGGGCUAUAUUUGGAUCCUAUACUCCUUGCAAAUGGGUAAAGAUGGAUGCUAAUUAUUAAUUUUUUCAAGAUGAUUCAUGUUCUUCAUUUAUAUUCUCAUAAACCCAUGAUCAAAUAUAUCCUUUAAAAUAAGAACGUAAAUAAUAUGCAAUAUGCCGCCAUAAAGACUACCCUAUUGCUUUUGGAGGAGGCCAUGAUUUAUAAAUGAAUUCUGAUUUUUAAACUGGCUUUUCUUAUCUAGGAAACACUUAUUAAUGUGAUCAAGGCUUAGGUCUUUAAAACAUUUACCUGUUUGGUUAAGCUCAACCUAAUAUUUAGGAAUUUGAAGUAUUUGAAUUAAUAUUCAUAUGA